AUGACAGGAAAAGGUGAAGGCUAUUAUCAAGACGUGUUGAUUGUUAAGAGUAUGACAGGAAAAGGUGACAUAGACUAUUUUACAAGUGAACUUAUGACUGGAGACCCUGAACCACCAGAUAAGACUGUAGAGAAAGAUCAAGAGCCCCCAGUGCCAGAUAAACAAAGAACAAAACCCCCUUCUGAAGAGGACUUUGAAAUGAUAAAAUUAAUCAGUAAUGGAGCUUAUGGCGCUGUUUACCUCGUGCGUCAUAAGGAAUCUCGAGAGAGAUUUGCGAUGAAGAAAAUCAACAAACAAAAUCUUGUCCUACGUAACCAGGUAGAACAAGCCUUUGCUGAACGAGACAUUAUGAGUUUUACUGAUAAUCCAUUUGUCGUUGGCAUGUUUUGUACGUUUGAGACUAAGAAACAUCUAUGUAUGGUGAUGGAAUAUGUGGAGGGUGGUGAUUGUGCUACGUUAUUAAAGAACAUGGGACCUCUGCCCCUAGACAUGGCACGUUUUUACUUUGCAGAGACAGUGCUAGCCGUGGAAUACUUACACAGCUACGGAAUUGUCCAUAGAGACCUUAAGCCUGACAACCUUCUGAUCACUGCUAUGGGUCACAUUAAACUCACAGAUUUUGGUCUCUCAAAAAUUGGACUAAUGAAUUGUGAGUAA